CUUCCUUUGUCUCCGCGUUCACCAUCGCGUUCUCGCAUCCCGGCUCCUCUCCGCUGCACCUCCACACUUGCUUCGGCCCCUGCUCGAUUUUGCUUGCCAUGUCUGCCGCGUCUACCACCCCCGCCACGUCAGCAACCGCGCCGGCUCCUGCCGGCCUAAGAAUGCCUCGCCCCCACCUCAAUCAUUUCCUGGAAAUCACGAACGCCAAGCUGCUGAAGAUGAUGGGGAAUGGUUUGGUGAGGCAGGAGGAUGAGGCGGCGCUGGCAGAGGAGAUUCUUGGAGAGUUCAUUGAAUGUGUGUACGGGGCGGUCCAUGCAGUUGUGAGCGGUCGGACGGCGGGCGAGCCUCCCGAGCAGCGGCCGAUGGUGCCGCUGUUCCUGCUCUCAGCGAUUCUCGAGCUGGACCACUCGCCGAGGGAAGGCCUCAAACUGUCCCGCAUCCGUCCGGACGAUCCACGGGUCCUCACCUCGGCGUGGCGCAAUCCUCGUGCGCCGUCUGGCCUCCCUGAACGCCCUCGCUCGCCGACCCCCGUUCCCGGCCCGUCUCGUCAGCCUUCGACGACGGUGCGCUUCCAGGACUUAGCGGCGGAUUCCGACGGUGAGGAGGAGGUCCCGGUGAAGGAGGACGGGAUGGAUGUCGACGAGAAGACCGCGUCGAGCAAGAAGACGCCGGGCCCUGGACGGACCGAAUCGGCGGGUACCAAGCGCAAGCGGGCGCCGACUCCUACUCGCAAAUCGAAGGGCAAACAGCGCGCGCAAUCACCCGAGGAUGAGCAAGGCGACAACGAGCGGGCGGCUGGACAUCAGGACGAGGAGACCGAGCAGGAGAUGGACGAGGAGGAACACCCGAAGAAAAAGCGGGCGAAAGGCUCAAAGCCACCGAAGGGCAUCCUCGUGAAGAAGACAGAGGAGGUCCACGGCGAGCGGGCCAAGUUCGAGAUGGAGUACGUGCCUGGGAAGGUUCGACAGUUCGUCCACCGGCGUGAGAAGCCGGACCCAUGCACCCAAUGCAAGGGGUUCCCUUGCUAUAUUUCAACACCGGAGGGCUACGAAUUCAAGAAGGACGGCACCAUGAAGGACCCACCGCCGGCAUGCGACUAUUGCAACGUCAAGAAGGUGAAGUGCGAGCCCAUCGACACCGAGGGCACGUUUAAGCCCAAGAAGUCCCGCGGGCGUAAGGGCUCGAAGAGACGUUCCUCGGCCGGCUCUGGCACAGAGUCCGAGGGCACCGACGAGCCGCAAAGCGAGGCGGAAGCUCCGCCCACGACUGACGACGAGCUCGACCGGGCUGACACUGCCUCGGUCACGUCUCACGGCAGCCGGCGCAGCUCUCGACGGGCGGGUACACCUUCUCGGCGACCGACAACCAUCGCCAAGAAGGCUGGCAAGAAGGCGCAGAAGGCGGUCAAACAAUCGCCGGCCGUUACGCCGGCGCCUCAGGAGAACGCGGAGGCUGGGCCCAGCUCUGAGGUCCAGCAGAAGCCCGUGCGUACGAGGAAGACGAAGGGUCCUGUCCGGGACGUCGCCGACAUUCGAAGCGAGGACGACCUGAAUCCAACACUCGCGGCGCUGCGCAUCCGCGAGCUCCAAUCGAAUGUCCGGGACCUCCGGGAGCGGCUUGAGUCGAUGGAGGCCAGGGACCGUGCUAUGCGAGCACGUCAGGAAAUUCUCGCCCGGGCAAUCCUCGACAGCGAGAAUGUGGACUACCGCGAGCUCAUCAAGGAGAUGCUGGAAGAGCAUGAGCCGGCCGACCAGAUGUUCGUCGGCGCGGUUCCUCAAUAUCCCGGAGGUGCGGACCCGGGCCCCGCGUAUGAAUCGGACGACUCGUCCACUGAGUCGCAUGGUGACCUCGGCGAGUCCCCACCCGGUGCGCAAGACGUGCCGGAGCCUCGCGACGAGGUGACUGACCCUGUAGAGGUCGCCGGUCCCGCAUCCCCAGCCCCUCCGCCGCCGAAUGACACUGUGGCCGGAGGUCCCGAGGUCCCUGCUGGGCACGACGAGGUGACCGGCUCCGCCGCUGGGCCCAUGUCCCCAGCCCCUCCACCCCCGAAGUCACCGUGGGCGGGGGAUCUGACAUUCCUCCUGGGCAAGGCGAGCGACCCCAUUCCUGCUGGGAACACGCACGCGACCCCCCCGGCUGUUCUGGAAGGUAUCCGAGCGAACUUGGCAAGCUCCGGCCCUCAACAGCACCCAAGCCAGCGUGCCGUCGUCAUCCCCGAGGAGAAUCACCCGGCGAACGAGAAUGCGAUGGAUGUUGACGAGGGGAAUGCGCCGGGCCAAGCAAAGUAA